ACGAAAGUCGAACGGCGGUGACACGAGCCGCAUCCAACAGUGGACCUAACAGCCUACCUACAACCUUCUGUUAAAUUUCAAAAACCUAUCGCGGUCAACCGAAAUCGAACUGAGACGUGUACUUGGAUUAGUUCGUUCUACCACGAUUUUCUCCAAGUAGCCUAAAGAUUCAAGGAUGAUUUCUGUUUCGGGACCCAGUUAUGAAGCCUACGCAUAUGGAGCCCAAAGGUUUGCAAAUCAAACGGUGGUUGACAGGGUUCCACCUGAUAUGCUCCAUCUAAUCGACGCCCACUGGUAUCAGUUUCCACCACUAAAUCCGAUGUGGCAUGGAAUCCUUGGAUUUGUAAUAGGUCUGCUUGGUUUCAUCUCGGUUUCGGGAAAUGGCAUGGUCGUCUAUAUAUUCCUUUCGACGAAGAGUCUUCGCACGCCAAGUAAUAUGUUUGUAAUCAACCUUGCUAUCAGCGAUUUCCUUAUGAUGUUCUGCAUGUCUCCACCUAUGGUGAUCAAUUGCUAUUAUGAGACAUGGGUACUUGGGCCUCUCUUCUGUCAAGUCUACGCAAUGUUGGGCUCCUUGUUCGGAUGUGGCUCCAUAUGGACGAUGACGAUGAUCGCAUUCGAUAGGUACAACGUGAUCGUCAAAGGUUUAUCUGGUAAGCCAUUGACCAUUAACGGAGCUCUCCUUCGUAUACUGGGGAUAUGGUUGUUCUCCCUGAUUUGGACUAUCGCACCUAUGUUUGGCUGGAAUAGAUAUGUACCAGAAGGUAACAUGACCGCGUGUGGCACUGAUUACUUCAGCAAAGAUAUAGUAUCCGUCUCCUACAUCCUAUUAUACAGCAUCUGGGUUUACUUCUUCCCGCUGUUCCUCAUCAUUUGGAGUUACUGGUUCAUUAUCCAGGCGGUAGCUGCCCACGAGAAGAAUAUGCGCGAACAAGCCAAAAAGAUGAACGUAGCUUCUCUCCGAUCAUCUGAAAAUCAAAAUACUAGUGCCGAGUGUAAAUUGGCAAAAGUUGCCCUUAUGACAAUCUCCUUAUGGUUCAUGGCUUGGACCCCGUAUCUUGUCAUCAACUGGUCUGGCAUCUUUAGUCUCGUUAAGAUCAGUCCGCUUUACACAAUUUGGGGUUCUCUAUUUGCCAAAGCCAAUGCAGUUUACAAUCCGAUCGUUUAUGGAAUUAGCCAUCCGAAAUAUCGAGCUGCGCUGUUUGCAAGAUUCCCAUCAUUGGCAUGCGCUGCCGAACAAACACCCACAGACGCUACAUCUACUGUUUCUGGUACAACUACUGUUGCAGACAACGAAAAAUCAAAUGCAUAAAACAAUAAUAUAUGCCAUGGCUGCACCUUACUUAUAUUCGAACUGUGACGCGGUCAAUCAAAAGAAUAUAGAUUAAAAUAUACCUAACUAGGUAAGAAUAACACCAAAUUUUAUUACAGACACGAUUUGUAAAUAUUAACACCUGAUAUGACAUUAAGAAAUAUUUUUUAUCGAUAACAAAACUAUCAAUGUGGUCAAUUAGACAUUCAAAAUUAAAGCAGUUUAAAUCGAAUAUGUUCAAACAUUCAAAAGUAUAGCCUAAUGGCCAGCACAUCUAAUUCGGUGAGGAACAACUCCAGUAUACGAAGUCAUUGUAUACGUGACAUUAAAUGAUCAAUAUUUGAAUCGCCUGUGAUUGAAUGCGUGAUGCGUAUCUCACCACAAUGCGGAUCAUUUUACAUCAAUUCAUAGGUAUGAUUUUAAUUUUGUACAUUUAUUGCGUAACAAUAUACAUGGUCACUUUGGUACACCAGGUAACAGCUCUAUGUUUACUAGAUUAGUAAGCACAUCACAUUCACCAUGAAACAUGAAGGGAACAUCUGUACCUUAAUUUUAUAAAAGCAAAUAAAUUCUGCAAGCAACCGUA